AUGGCGGUAUGGAUUGCGUCGAAGCUGGGCAUCGAUCGAUUCUCCGCCCAGGAUCGGGACUCGAUCAGAAUCUUAUCAAUUGUUCUUGUGGCUAUGUUACUCUUCUAUAUCUUAGCCAGUGCUACUAUGGUCAAAGACCCUUCCAUAGGAGGAACGGCAACCGCAUUCAGAGGCAGGUCAGAGUUUAUGAUUCUCACACUGCUUGACUCUGGGUUUCAGCCGCGAUACAAAGACACGUCGUUGCUCUGGAUCGACGCCGCGCGGAAAGGCUACACAGGAGUGUGCCGCAGGCUCGCGGAGAUGGGCUGGGAUAUUGAUACGCCAUUCGAGAAUGUUGGCUCCCCUAAGGAUCGGCAACUCAUAACCACAGCCCUUCUUUGUGCUUGUGCCGCAUCGCACAAAGACCUUGUGCUGUUUCUCCUCCACAACGGAGCGGACCCGAUGCUCGUCGACUCAUGGGGCAGGUCAUGUCCGCUCUUGGCUCUCAUGGGCGGGAAUGACGACGAGUCGAGCUCUUCAAUCUUACAGACCCUGCUCUCAACCCAGGCAACCUGGCAUCUGAACCGCUUCCCGAUUGACCACGACCCCGGGGCACCGGCGUCCAGAGCGGCAUGGGACUGGCCACUUGGUGUUGCUUGCGGAUAUCAUCGAGUCCGUGCCGUCAAUGCACUUCUCAAUGCAGGAGCGGAUCCAAAAUUGGAGGCAGCGUCCGGGCUGACUGCGCUGCACGUUGCCUGCGACAGUUAUUUCAACGAAGGAGUGGCAUGCAUUGUCGAAAUGCUCCUCGAGCACGGUGCCAAUCCCAAUGCUGUCACUUCUGACUCGUGGACUGCCGUUGGUCGCCUUUCGAAGGCUCAGUGCGAGUCUGGGGCGGGUGCGAAUACGCCGCUCCAAAUUGCUGCCCGCUACGACUUAUCUGGUGGACGCCUCGUGGAGCUGCUGCUUCAGAACGGAGCAAAUGUUAGUGUAACUGGAGGUAAAUUUGGAACUGCCCUUUUAGCAGCUUUGCACCGGCCGGAUGACGAGCAAUUGGUCCUGAAGGUGGUUUCCGAUCUCAUAAGUCACGGCGCCAACGUCAACGUGGUGGUAGAACUCCUCCUCAAAGAAGGAGCUCAGAUUCCCCCGACCCAGAACAUCGACAUUGGUGGUAGAGGCUCGACCUCCAGUGUGCUUCACGUGCCGAUUCUCGGCUAUUUACUUCCCCACCAGUCCGACAUGUUUCGUCUUCUCCUCCGACACGGAGCGUCUGCAAAUGGCGACACUGAUCUUUUCGACACGACUUCCUAUCUCGGCAAGACAAUUCUGGGAUACGCGUGCAGUUCCUCCCAGAAAGAGGACGUAAGGACGGCGCGCCUGCUCCUGGAGAAUGGGGCAGAUCCGAACGAUCACGUGAGAAUGCUGCUAGACUAUGAGGCUAUCUCGUCCGCGCAGGACAUACAGACCGGGUCGCCGUGGCACUCCCUAUGUAAGGGUGCCGCUAAGAAGCGAUGGCAUUACCAGAUAAAUAAAACCAUCCUCGACAUAUAUGGGCAGCUUAAGAGCAAGGGGAUGGUCAACUCGAUCUGGACCCGCGAUGAAAACGGCAAGAACUGUCUCCACUACUUAGUUGAACUCGACGACGAGACGCUCCCGGUCUAUCGGCCCAGUGCUGACCUCAGCCGAACGACUUCUCCUGCCUCUAGCUUGAUAGGAGCUUUCCUGAGAGACUAUGGAACAAACAUCAGCCCUGACGUCUUCCUAGUUGAGGACAAAGAUGGGCGCACUGCGUUUCAGAUUGCGUCUGGAACUGGAGACGAGGAUGUGAUGAUAACACUUGCAGCGCAUGCUUUGGAACUCAACACUGACGCGGCAGAGAACGAAUGUCGAGACUUGUCCAGAGGUUCGAUCUUCAUGCGCAAACUCUUCACCCAUGCCGACCAUGAGGGGCGAACGGCACUUCACAUUGCGGCAUCUAAAGGCUACAUCUAUGUCUGUCAAUUCCUCGCCGAGGGCUUGUACACCCCCGGAACUAUACCCCUCACUAAAUCUGGCCAAUCGCUAGCUGAAUGUGCCGAGUCGAAUGGGCAUCUCAUGGUCGCUGAAUACUUGUCGACGUUUAAAGGAUCUGAGACUACCGCCGAUGACGUAAAGAAGCGAGAGAUAGCUCGCAUGGAAGCUAAGAAAAUCAAAAUGCAGCCUUAUAUUACUAUUACUAAAGAGCAGGUGGAGUCUUUCUUUGCGGGAGUGAAAGAAGCGAGAGGGAAUCCAGCUAUUAGGCCGCAUCAGAUGGGCUGA